CAGGUGUUCCAAUCCCCUCCAUAUCAUGUGAUUCAGGUGUUCCAAUCCCCUCCAAAUCAUGUGAUUCAGGUGUUCCAAUCCCCUCCAAAUCAUUGGAUUCAGGUGUUCCAAUCCCUUCCCAAUCAUGUGAUUCAGGUGUUCCAAUCCAUUCCCAACCAUGUGAUUCAGGUGUUCCAAUCCCCUCCCAAUCAUGUGAUUCAGGUUUUCCAAUCCCCUCCAUAUCAUGUGAUUCAGGUGUUCCAAUCCCCUCCCAAUCAUAGUCAAUAGCUAAAGACCUCCAAACUUGGUGUGGCCUUCAGAUGAGCCCAACAACAGUGCGUAGAGAGCUUCAUGGAAUGGGUUUCCAUGGC